AGAAACGUUUAAUAAAAAAUAAAAAGGGAUACUUGAAAAGAUAAAAAUAAUUUCAUCAAGCGAAAACCACACAAAGAGAAGAGGAGGCAAUGGUGGUCUUAUCCAGCAUCUUCUCCAUGACCAGAGCUUCACCAGCUAUUGCGUCUCUAACCAAUGACUCACCAUCUCCUCUUCCGCCGAGACCUACCAAGAAACCAACGAGCGUCAGUGUCGGAACAGAAACCGGAAACCAAAAUCAGCAGUUACGGAAGCAACGGCGAGACAAGAAGCCCUCGAUAGCUCAGAUCGAACGAGCAUUUGGCUCUGGAUCAUAUCGUGAUUCCGAAGGGGAAAUGGAUAUGAAUACAGUAUUCGAUGAGCUGCUAUUGGGUCAUGCUAAUAAAUUCGAAGGAAAACUCGAGAAGAAGCUACGAGAGAUCGGCGAAAUCUUCGUUGAUCGAACCGAGUCUAAGUUUCGUUCCUCCGGUAAACCAGUUUUGAUGUUUACAAUUCAAUGGAUUCUUCCCAUAUGGAUUUUGUCUCUGCUUGUAGCUUGUGGAGUUAUCAAACUUCCCUUUAGCCUCCCUUUACUUGAUGACUUGAUCAUGUGAUUCUACAAUAUUACCUUAUAUACCAUAUGAUAGAAAUCUUGA